GAAAAACGGAAAAAACAGACUCCUCCGACAGUUUCGGUUUGGCUCAGAGAAUUUUGCUGUGAUAAUCGAUAAGCGUAUAGAUAAAACAGCUCCUUGAUUUCCGAAUUUACGCUUUGGGAUUAGAAAAGUCUUAAUUUGUAAUUUUUUUUGAAAGAAAAUCUCAUCCUUUCCUUGAAGAGCUUGCUUCUAUGUUCAGAUUUCGAAGCUCCAAUGGCGUUUCUUCUCCGUCUUUGCAGCUGACUCUCAGUCAGUGGAAGAUUUGAUGAGACUUUGUCUGCAGUCAAACACUCUGAAUUGGAUCCUGGGUUUUCAUUCACUGUUGGGUUAAACUUUAGCCAUGAAUGACAAUGGUGGCGUCAAGUUGACUGGAAUACGACAGAUUGUUAAGCUGAAGGAAAUCCUCCAAAAGUGGCAAUCUGUUACUCUUGGCCCCAAACCGAGCAACUCUCAUUCUAAUCCAAGUCGUGGGGAAAUUUCGCCAGUAAUCGAUAAAAGCCUGACAAAUGUAAUGUCUUGUGAUUCAGAUGAGGAUGGCUGCCAUAGUCCUGAACCACCACCUGAUGUUCCUAAAGGCUAUUUGGCAGUUUAUGUGGGGCUAGAGCUUCGGAGGUUUAUAAUUCCCACCAGCUAUCUUAGCCACUCUGUGUUUAAGCUUCUCUUGGAGAAGGCUGAAGAAGAGUUUGGGUUUGAUCAUUGUGGCGGGCUCACACUUCCUUGUGAGAUCGAGACCUUCAAGUAUCUCCUGAAGUGCAUAGAGAAUCAGAAGGAUCACCAAGAUGACAACUCAGCCGCAGAUUCACUAGCUAUUUGAAGAAUAAGCAAAUUAUGAUGGCCUUGUAGUGGGCAAAAUUUAGGGCUGAUUUUUCUGGUGUAAAGCAUAGUCUCCUUCUAUUCAGAUAUUUCCCCCCUUCAAUUUUUAUUCCUUCUCUCUGUAAGUGAAACAAUGGGAAACUUUUAGUUGGAAAAUAUCCAGUUUGCUGUUGGUAGAAGUAAUGUUUAACCUCUGUAUUAGUGAAUGUGACCUCUGAAUCUAAUGUUUAACUGGGAAUCAAACACUUGUGGUGUUCCAGAAAGAAGUGUAAGUAAACCCUAUUAUAAACGCAUAUGUGGUUGUUAUGAAUGUAGUUAGAUUUACUUUGCAUGUA